AUGCCUUCCGCCGCGAAGCUGUUUUACACCGCGGUCUUCGCCUUGGCGAGUCUGGCAGAUACUAGUCAUGCCUCGCAAGAUCUUGAUACCGCGAAAUGCGCUUUCGACCCUUCUGCUAUGGUUACAGACGCGUGUGUCUCAUAUGGCACCAUCAACAAAUUGAACGACGAAGUUUACACCCUCCUUCAAAGCAUUACUACCGAAACCGAUUUCUUCUCAUAUUACCGAUUGAACUUGUUUAACAAAGAAUGCCCGUUCUGGUCCGAUGCCGAUAGCAUGUGUGGAAAUAUUGCGUGCGCUGUGAAUACUAUUGAUUCCGAGGAGGACAUUCCCCUCACCUGGCGCUCGGAGGAGCUGAGCAAGCUGGAGGGACCCAAAGCCCAUCACCCACCUCGAAAGGUACAAGCGGAACGUCCGGAACGACCCCUCCAGGGAAUGCUCGGCGAGGGUGUUGGGGAAAGUUGUGUGGUCGAAUAUGAUGAUGAAUGUGACGACCGAGACUACUGUGUCCCCGAGGACGAGGGCUCAGCGGGUAAGGGCGACUACGUGAGUCUUGUGGACAACCCUGAACGAUUCACGGGAUACUCCGGACCUGGUGCACACCAAGUAUGGGACGCCAUCUACCGCGAGAAUUGUUUCGUGAAGUCUACCGAAGAGGAGCUGGAGGAGCAGGCCGUCAGCGUGCCAAUGGGCGGACUUCAAGCCGCAUCUGAUUUCCGCAGCGUGUUAUUGCAGGAGUCGCAGCGCUUGGAAGGUUUGCCGUUAGAUAACGAAUGUCUGGAGAAGCGUGUCUUCCACCGUCUUAUCAGUGGUAUGCACGCUUCGAUCUCGACUCAUCUUUGCUGGGAUUACUUGAACCAGACGACUGGACAGUGGCAACCCAAUAUGCAGUGCUACAAGGAGCGCUUGCAUGACCACCCCGAACGUGUUUCCAACAUGUACUUCAAUUACGCCCUGGUAUCCCGCGCCGUGGCCAAGCUCCGCAAGCACCUGCAGAGCUACACUUUCUGUACCAGCGAUCCCGUCCAGGAUUUCGAUACCAAGCAGCGAGUCAACCAGCUUGCGGAGAUUCUUGCGCGCCCACCUCGUAUCUUUGACGAGGAGCUCAUGUUCCAAGAUCCCAUUGCCCACGGCCUGAAAGACGAUUUCCGAAACCGCUUCCGCAACGUCAGCCGCCUGAUGGACUGCGUGGGCUGCGACAAGUGCCGUCUUUGGGGUAAGCUCCAAGUCAACGGAUACGGAACCGCAUUAAAGGUUCUCUUCGAGUAUGACGAGACCAAGAACGGUGAGAACCCGCCUCUGCGCCGCACCGAGCUGGUCUCCUUGAUCAACACCCUCGGCCGUAUUUCUCACAGUCUUGCUGCCGCGCGCAGCUUCCACGAAGCCUAUGAAGCAGGCCAGGAGCACGCGUUUCCCCUGCACCAUUACGCCCCUCUCGCUCCUAAGCAAGCCGAGGUCAAGCCGGAUGAGAAGCAGCCCAGACGUGUGUUCCACGAUGGUGCUGGUAAUUUGUACUAUGAGGAUGAUGAUGACAGUGAAUGGUACCAAGGAGGUCAGAAGAUUGAGGGACGCAAGCCUUGGGAGUAUCCACCUCGCCCUGAGAAGCCCACCGCCUACGAUGACCUCGUCUCCGAGUGGACAAUUCUUCGCGACACGACCAUGUAUGUCUUGAAGAGUUGGAUCGGAAUCCCUUGGACUUGUUAUGGAAUUUUAAGCUCAGAGGCCAACCGACUAUGGGCUUUCUGGCUGGGUCUGCCUGUUCCUCCUCGUCAAUGGAAGAUCAAGGCCCCUGGUUCAGACGACCCCAUGCGUCGCUCUGUGAAACAUGAGGAACUCUGA